AUCAUUCAUCGACUGAUUAAUCGGCGUUGGAAGAACGAAAAAAUAUGUGGUGUUUACGAAAAAUAUUAKCAGAAAACUCGUGAAUUUAUUGUCCAAGGCAACGAAAGACAUUGCUGAAAGCUUACGGGAUUGUUUUACUUGAGCUUAUUACUUUUUUAGGGAUGACAAAUAGCUAAAAUAACCGCAACAUUUUGGGUUUUAGUUCGAACAAUUCCAGUGUAGGUUUUCCUUGACAUGGACUUAAUAGUAAGCUUGAUAAGAUUAGUUUUCUAAGUUUUUUUCAUUGAAUUUUGGAAAUCGUUCUCGUGUAAGCAUGAGUGGAGGACUAGCCCCAAGUAAAUCAACGAUAUAUGUAGGCAAUUUGCCGUAUUCCCUCACAAACAGUGACCUGUACAAGGUGUUUAGUAGAUAUGGCAAGGUUGUCAGAGUUACCAUCUUAAAGGAUAAAGAAUCAAGAGAAAGCAAAGGUGUUGCAUUCAUUUUAUUUCUUGACAAGCAGACUGCACAAGCUGCUGUCUCAUCUGUCAAUAACAAGCAGAUGUUUGGUCGUACAAUUAAAUGCUGCAUAGCAAAAGAUAAUGGGAGGGCCUCAGAGUUUAUCAGACGCCGAGAAUACCCUGAUAAAUCACGAUGUUAUGAAUGUGGGGAAUGUGGUCACUUGAGUUAUGAAUGUCCUAAGAAUGUCCUGGGAGAAAGAGAAAGGCCUCCCAAGAAAAACAAGAAAAAGAAAAGGAAACUAGAAGAGGAGGAAGUGGAAGAGGAGGAGGAAGAGCAGCAAGGAGAAGACCCAUCUGAGUGGAGCCUUGGGGCCGCAAUUCAAGAAUGUGCUCGACUCGCUGACGAGAAAGAAGAACCACAUAAAGUCCAACAACCAAGCGCAUCUAAAAAAAGAAUAGUGCAAAGUUCUUACUUUAGUGAUGACGAAGAAUAUGGGGAUUAAACGUCACUACAAGAUAAGUCAGCAAUAUGACGUCAUAUUCGCGCCUUCACCAAGAACGCUUUAUCAACUGACCUGUACGAAUUUUCAAAAUUAUUUUAAACAAAUAUUUUCUGAAAUAACAUUUGUUYGUUAAGUUGUUUGAGGUAACAUAUAGAUAUUUCGUUCGAAUACUUUUUGUAAAAUUCUCGAAAUGUUUAAAAUAUAUGUUCUGAGAAAAUGAAAAGAAAGUGCAGUGAGGSCGAGCCGUAUAUUAAAAAUUAAUUACCUA